AUGUCUCGUAUUCAUCCUCCUGAACUCAAUAAAUAUUUGAAUAAGUAUAUUGAUGUUAAACUGACUGGAAAUAGGCAUGUCAGCGGUACACUUCGUGGAUUUGAUCCCUUCAUGAAUAUUAUUAUUGAAGGAGCAACGGAACAUCUUAAGUCUGGAGAGACAAAAGAGAUUGGAAUUAUUGUUCUUCGUGGAAAUUCAGUUGUGAUAAUGGAACCGAGGGAACGUAUAGAGUAG